AUGGUAGGUGCCAGAGCCACCGGUACAGAAAAACUGCUUCUUCUUGUAAUUGGGAAGGCGAGAUAUCCUAGGUGUUUUAAGGCGGUGAAGACCCUCUUUGUGAACUACAACAGUAACUCCAAGGCGUGGAUCAUGCAGUCUUUAUUUGAGAAAUACCUACGCGAACUUGACCGCAAGUAUAUGCAACAAGGCUGGAAAGUGAUAUUUUUUGUUGACAACUGUGGCGCGCACGGUAGCGUGCCGAACCUUGAGGCCAUUCAGCUUGAAUUUUCGCCACCUAACACCACAAGCGUGCUCAAAACAAUGAAUCAAUGCAUGAUCCGAAACAUCCAGGCACACUACCAUGCCUACCUGCUCAUGGCAUGGAUCAUGUGA